AUGGACGAUGAUGAGGAAAGAACGGGUUGCAUAAAAAGUCUGGUAAGGAACUUUUUUGAAGGAAAAUUAAAUUUAAAAAAACUGUUUCAGAGUUACGUGUUCAACAAAGAACAGGAAGAAUUGCUCGAGCAACAGUACCGUAUCGAUCGGUUCUUCAGAAAAGACUUCAGUGACAGCUUUCGCAAGAUUUACGAAGAUGUGGACGAAGAUCAGAUCAAGUACUGGUUCUAUACGAAAGCAAGAACCGAAGCACGAAAGCAGGAAAAGGAGGAAAAGAAAGAGGAGCAGAUGUUUGGACUGGAACCGAUCGACUGGAAUCAACUUCUUCGCAGCAUUGGACCGAUCACUGGGGACCAGAUCGCUGCCCUUUUCUCGAGCGACAGUGCUCAUUCCUUGACUGUCGGCACUCCGGACACUCUCUUCGAUUCGGUCCCAUCGGAUAGCCCUGCCAGCUUCAUUUCCGAUUGUUCCCUUUUGUUGAAGGAAGAAUCGGAAGAGGAUCCGGCCAGCGAACUUUUGAAGAUUGAUGGGCUUCAAGAUCCGGUUGCCGAAGCCGAAGCAUCGGUCUUCACUUCUGAUCAGAUCAGAGAUCUCGAGAUCAAGUACCGGGAGAACAAAUGGCUGAUGAGCCAGUGGUCGCGUAGCUUCUCCGACCACCAUCGCGUUCCCCAGCAGAUCGUGAGUUCCUCUUUGAAGUUUCUGCUCUAAAACUUUACUCUUCCAGGUCGAGCAAUGGUUUGACACGCGUGAAAAAGACGAAAAAAACAGAGAGAAAAGAGUGCACAUUCGUUACCCCUAUCGAAAGUUCCCGAUGGAAGCCAGGGCUCUCAUGGAUCAGCACUUUCAGAACGGCGUGACCCUUCCGCCGACGCCGACGCUCAAUCGUCUGGCCGAGCAGACGGGACUGAGUGUGAAGCAGGUGAGGAAGCCGGGAUUCUCGACGGAACUGACAUUAAACGUGUUCAGGUCCAAACGUACUUCAAGAACAAAAGGACCGCUUUGCAGCGGCGCGAGAAGAAAGAGAGAAGAGCCAAGACCGCGGAGCUUCAGCGCUUGCAGCUAGCUCCUUCUCAGAUGCCGCAGACCGUCUCACAAGAUGCACCAAGUGCUCCAAACCCUACUGUCAAUUUGACCGAGUUAUACGUGAGUUAGAAUCAUCGUAGCAAAAGCUAGCGAAAAGAAUGAUUUCAGAUGAAACAAAUUGCUCAAUUCGCACACGAUUUUCUUCACAAUUCGAGCACCAGCAAUAUCUAA